GCAGAAACGUGGACUCUGAAGAAAGCUGACACUAGAGGCAGAGCAUUAGAUGGGGUCUAUACAAGAAUGCUACGAAGAGUCUUUGGUGUCUCGUGGAAAUCUCACACACCAAACUCCGUUCUAUACGGAAAUAUUCCACCGGUGACAGAUACCAUAAAGACACGACGACUUCGUUUUGCAGGACAUGUGUACCGUCUACAAGACCAACCUGCUCAGCAACUCCUUUUCUGGCAACCCUCCUAUGGUCAUCGGUAUAGAGGACGACAACAUAAAACCUUUCCGGACGUCCUACAAGAAGAUACUGGAUUGGAUCCUGAUAAGUUACGUUGGCUCAUGAGUGAUAGAGAUAAAUGGAGAGAAGCGCUGUCACGAAACUCGUUCCAGAUUUCAUCUGGAUCGACCUAGGCAGGUAGGCAGGAGUCUUGACACCACUUUAGAGUAAGACGGGUUCCUGCUAGUUAAUAUAAUGACCGUAUAUUUGCAAAUCUAGGAAAUAAUGGAUGCACCACCACCACCACAAUACGCUGAGAUAAUGGGACCACCCCCUCCCCAGGGUGAUUAUCCUCCUCAAGAACAACCUGCUUACCCUCCUCCUCAACAGGAAAUAAUGGAUGCACCACCACCACCACUAUACGCUGAGAUAAUGGGACCACCCCCUCCCCAGGGUGAUUAUCCUCCCCCUCAACAGGCGUAUCCUCCGCAAUUUCUGCUGCAACAGGCUCAAGCUCAACAACAUAAUGUUGUGGUACAAGAACCACGAACAAACCUCGUCAUAGCCUGGAUAUCGUGUCUGUGCUGCUGUCUGAUUGGAGCUGCUGCUGUGUCGAAAGCUUACGAGGCAAAAGAGUGUUAUGAACGAGGAGAUUUCGAAGAGGGAAAAAGAGCUGGAGAGGAGGCUUUGAAAUGGGCUAUAGGAUCGAUCAUCACACAAGUAGUCCUGGGAAGCUUAAUUGGUUAUAUUCACUACAGUGUAGAUCAGGCAAACAGGAAGUAGGAACCUCUAGUUAUGUCCAGGAGAUCUAUUCAGAAGAUGACGGAUAUCAAAAGAUACGCUUUUGGUGGAGAGCUCUUUUAAGGUGAAUGUAUUUGACAACUCGAACCAGCUGAAGUUAAGGAAAUGACAGACGCUGGAAAAUGUUCUGAUGUUGAGGAAAAGUACGGACGAAUUAGGUACCUGAAAUGUGAGGACUUGUUACUCGAGGAGAAAUCAGGUAACGUUAGUGAGAUUGACGUAGGUUGCACCCCGGAACUAACAGAAGAAAAUGGAGAAGAACCAACGGGGGAAGAUGGAGGAGAAGAAACAAACAGCACAAAGGAAUGUGAAUAUGAGCAAAGGGACGGAACAGGCCGCUGAGAUCUGCUUCGAGGGGACAAGUUCUUUGACAAAACGGUCUCCGUUGAUUCUGAAAAUUUCAUGAACAAAUAUUGAAACCCUAAUGAGUUCUAUUGUUUUGAGCGAAAUCAGUUUCGCAAAUAUCGCGAACUGAGAUACUGGAUACGGGCGAUUUUGUUAAUUUUUGUACGAUUAUUAAUAUUUGAACACAGAAUCCUCAAUUAGAUAGAUAUUGAGCUGAUAAUCGUAGAGAAUGUGUAGUUUAGGCUAACCAUUUAUAUAAAGUUGGUUUCAUGCAAAAAUAUUGAUAUUUGACCAAAUUUUAUGGGCCAAAAUCGAUCAAAUUUGGUGCUUAUGCCCAAAUAUGGGCAUAUAGUUUUUAGCUCAUAACUCAGUCAUUUUUUGGGGUCCCUGAGGCUUUGCCCAGUUGCCGUCAUCCUGGUCUCACCCGACCUCGCAGAGGUAGAAGCACACCGUCUUUGAUUUGUGUGUAAUGUUUCAGUAGCAAACUUUUAGAGAGAAGAAGUUGCCAGCAUCUCGCACCCGGUUUUUUAUCGACCUUUGCCUGUCUAGAUCCGUAGUGUUUUGUUGCACGUCUUCAUCUGUUUAUAGUUAUACUGGAGUCACCCAGGACAGAUUAACACACUUAAUAGCAGCAACUCGAAAAGGAUGUGAUUCUUCAUCACGCACUAUGGUCAUUGGAAUAGGAGAGGUUAUAGAUUCACGAUCACUAUUCCCUGAGAUUACAAAUAAUCUCUUGCCGCCAAUUACCGUCCACAAAUGAAAAAUGAUACCGAAAAUGAAAUUGGUCGCUCGUAUUUCCCAUUCAUUCACGGCUUACGAAUUUUAAUAAGUUUCGAUUAAUUACAUCAUGCAUAUGUGUUUAUCAAUUAUCCGUGCCAUUUAACUGACACCAUGGCAUCAACUUUAACGCGACUUUCCGCAAAAACCGUAAAAGAUAUACAACUGAAGUCAAAUGCU